AUGUUGGAGAAUAAGAUUAUAGAGAUCCUAAACAGUGUAUUUGAACCGUACAUUGAUGGGCUGAAUCCUACCAAAUUAAGCUUGGCGAACCUACUCAGUGGUAAGCUGGUCUUGAACAACCUUCAUGUCAAAACUAGCGUUGUGGACUUUCUGGAACUUCCGUUCCACUUGACGUUUGGGCUACUUGGUACAGUUAAUAUAAAGGUACAGAUUCCAAUUCUGAGUCUUUCCAAAAAGAAUCUCUCACUUGAAAUCACUGACAUGAUAUUUCUCCUUACAACAAAGCCAGAGAGUCAAUGGGAUUCAGAAGCGUAUAGAGAUGAAUAUAUUGCAUCUAAAAUUGCAAUACUAGCAGCUGAAUCACUCCAACUUGUUGUUAAAGAAAUUGAGGGUUCAGGGUUUGUAUGGAAUACAGUUUUGUCAUUUUUGGAAACUCUUGAGAUUAACAUACACAAUGUUCACAUAAGAUUAGAAGAUUAUACAACAAAUCCCAAUGUUUCAUACGCGAUUGGUUGUGUCAUAAAAAGAGCGUUUUUUCAUACCAAUCUUAGACAAAAUUCUGGAGAUGACGGAUUUAGAACUGUUUCAAAUAUUCUACUACCAUUUCAAAGCCUAUUAAAAAGUGAAAAUGGGAAACAAUCACCAAGUAUAACACACAGAACUAUAGAUUUGGAGGGUUUUGGUUUCUACGUUGACCAGUUGGAUCCACUAGGUCCAGUAUUUAUGAAAUAUAAGGAUACAAGUGGUCCACAGAUCUAUGAAGGUUUCCAAAAAGGAGAGGAUAGUUUAAAGAGAAACGUAUCAGAGGAGUUUACAAACGAUGAAUUGGCAUUUCUUGAUGCAAUUGGAUCUCACCAACCUGGAUCGGAUCAAUAUAGGGGUGGAGUAUCGUAUCAAAGCAUCUGUGUUGUAAAGACAGAAACCCCUAGAAAGAGAGUAUUUAUGAGAAAGCCGAAUUAUAGACGUAGCUUUCUUUCCAAAAAUAGGAGGUUAAAGUUUAAUAGGUAUGCUAGACCAAGAUAUAAAACCGAUGUCCAGCGUUAUAUUGACAGAUUUCCCCAUGCUGAUGACAAUAGACAAAAUGUUAUAGAUAAAAGUAAUCUAUUUUACACCUUGUCCUUUUCACAUAUCUUGGGAUACUUGGUGAGAGGUUCCCACGUUAACAACUGUGAUAAUCAUGUUUCAUCCUUUAAUGUUUGGGAAAGAGGAAAUUACAAAAGUCUAUACAAGAGUAGUGUUUAUACGCAGAGUUAUACUAGAGAACAGAGAGAUCCAUAUGCAACUCUCCUUUUGAAUAAAAAAAGAAGAAGUUAUACGAGAGAUAUGGCCAAGCAGGUUAGAACAAAAGAAUCUGCUUCAUUUAAUAUAUCAAGUGGAAGGAAUAGUGAAGAUCAAAGUUUGACCAGCAAAUGGAGGUUCCCAAGCUUUCUGAGCUUUAAAAGACGCAAGAGCACUACAGUUGAUUCUGCUUUUGGCAAAUAUUCUGCUAAUGUAAAUGCGAAUGCAAGUUCUAAAGAAUUGUUUGGUUACAAAUUUUCUCCAGGAAGAAGUUGGAGAACUCUCCUUAGCACAUUUUGUACUAUUCAAAAACCAAAUGUUUCUCAAAAUAAUUCAUCUUUGGACAUCAUAAAUAGAUCUCAAACUCGUGAUAGAGAACGUCGUUCAGUUACAAUGAGUAUGAAUGCCGAAUGUUGUGAUGCCAAACAGUCAAAUAUUGCAGAUAGCAACUGGAAUUGUUACAAUAAUGAUAUGACGCAUUCUAAUCAAACUUCGAUUAUAAACGCAGAAUCUACACUUAUUCAUACUGAAUUGGCACACCCAGGCAACGUUAGAUACUCUAGCAAUGACUAUUUAUUUUCAUAUGAUGUGAACUGGCAUGUUCGUAAUAAAGGUCAGGGUAAUGAAAAGGAAAAGACAGAUGAUUGUGAUGAAACUGCAAGUGUUAAACCAGAAUCAGUGAACCCUGAGGCUAAAUUGGAGGAUCUUCGGAUGAAAGAAUCUUGGACUAGGUUGACUUUUGUUACACAUGAUGAAAGUUCAGAGUUGCUGGAGUUUUUUUUGAAAACUCUGGAUGAAACAGAUCACAACUACUUUCUUAACCCAAAGGACUUCAAGGGGGUAGCAUCUUUUUAUUUUUGUUCAUAUCCAAUAUUGCCGUCUCAAAUUUUAAAGUCAUGUUGGUCUGCUUGGGGCUCAAAAUAUGGUAGAGCUAGAUCUACAAGUUUACAAAAUGACUACCUUCCUAGAUGUUCCGUUUUUUUGGUGUUUGAGGAUAUUGAUAUAACAAUAUCAAAGGAGCAAGUAGAUUGUAUUUAUAAUGUCUUUUGUGAGAACCUCUACAAGUACUGGUAUUGGUCAUAUGGCGUAAUUUCUACCUUUGAAAACCCAAGAGCCACACCAGAGGAUGAAAAAAUGUAUAUGGAGUAUUGGCCUCAGUAUUUAUUGCUCGAGAAUAAUGCCGAAAAGGAUGAACUUAAGGACUUUGUCCUAGAUUUCGAGAUUCUGCAUUCUAUACAGACAAUUAGAGUGUUAAGGAAUAGAGCAUCUGUAUCACUGAGUGAGUUAAUCCGCAACUUUGGAAGGGGAUUAACGUUUUGUUCUAUGGGAGCUGACUUUAACUCUUGCGUUGCAGAUACGUUAUUCACAAAUAUAUGUUCAUCCUACGAGGAUAGGGAUAUUGAUGUAAACGGAGUAAAUAUAGAUAAUACAUCAAAGGUACAAGAUCGCUUGAAAUUUGUUGGUGGAAUCUAUGAACUUGCUUCCAAACAUGCAAAUUCAACUGGAAUACUGACUUCUCUUCGUAAAAUUUGUAAUCAACAGGUCUUCACCGUUGACAUUGUUUUGGAUAUUUUCCUUUUAAACUCUAGGCUUAUUUUGACAAACAAGAUGGAGUCAUUCAAGAACAUUUCAAACAUUAUGGGCUAUAUUUUAUCGGUGAAUGGUUUUCACCUUUUUUAUCAGGAUACAAUUGGUCGUGAUGGGAGUCAGUUUAUAGAGGUUGAAGCAUUACCGUUUAGCAUACUUUCAUUGGACUUUUGUGCAAGUCCAUCCAGCGAGCUUUUUUCGACAAUGGGUUGUGCUUGUAAACUUCUUAGUGGACCUCCAUCUAUUCUUGUUGCCUGCGGAAAUGUUCCUCAGUUGAACCAAGCCAAGGUUGAAAGAUCGGCAAAGAAAGAUUUAUUGCAAAUGCUUAAGAGGGAAACAAAGGUUACAGUGGUAAACAAUAGUCUUUUUUUUAGUGGUGGUGAAGCUGAUGCUAUUAUUUCCAUAACUGACUCUGUAUUAUACUUCUCCAUAGAAUCUAGCCAUUUUUGUACACCAAAUAUCUCAGAUGUUCGUGUUAGGUUUCACCUUAAUUCGGAAUUGUUUAUUCAUUUUCCAGUAUUGGAUGAGAUUAACAAUGUAUUUAGAGUGCACAAGUAUAAUAUGCAAAAACACCUUACUCUGGAUGCGGUAAAGGUUUAUGCUGAUAAAAAGAGGGAAUACCAUUUAAAUGAUUGUAGAUUUGAUAAUCUUAGAGAGGUUUACGAAUUGAUUGAUUUGGGAUCUGAGUAUAUGAAAGAUAUUGUUCAGGGUUCAAUACCAUUUUUGAACUAUGAUUUCUUGAUGGAAUCAACUUAUCAGACACUGGUAUUGGUUGAUUUGAAUUUGAAGGAUACCACGUUUUCCUACUUUUUUUCUAUUGACAGUUUUUCUGUUCGCUCGGAAAUAGCUCCCAGAGUAAACUCCGCUAAUCAUUAUGACUUGCACCACGUACGGAUCAAUAAUCCUCGUAUUUUAUCUUGCAAUGAUUUCAGUUCAGCAUUGUUUUCUUCUUCCUCAUCAUCAAAUAAGAAAUCCACAGAAAAGGACGUUCGAUUUAUUUAUAUGGGCCCUAAUCUCUCAAUUCCCUUUUCAAAUUACAUCUCAACGUUGUCAAAGAGGGUUGUUUCAGAUUCUUACUACAAUAUUGAUAUAAUUAACAAGGAGUUUGAAAUUUUAAAAUUUGGGGAAGAAAAUGACCUUGCCAUUAAAAUAAAGUCGAUACGUUCUGAUAAAAUACUUGAAAAUUCUAUUUAUGUACAGAAAGAUGAUGAACCGAGUUUAAUCAUAGAACUAUCCCUUGGUAGCGUGUACAUUAACCUUAGGGAUAUUGACAUUGCAGCAUUCAUUUGCACAUACGGAAACUACAUGGAGUGUUAUGAUGGAUAUAUGCAAUGCAUGACCAUUUUUAAUAAGCAGAUAAGGUUAUUCAACAAACGAGAUGAAUUUAAUGAAGUCACACCCUUUAGCGAUCAGAAUUCUCUCCUUAGGGGUAUCUGCAACGAGCAAGGCCAAUCAUUGGAUGAAUUUGUUACACAAGACGUUGUAUUGAGAAACACACAUGGAUCACAAAACAACAAUCUUAGGGCUUUAGUAUCUGUGAAAUGGGCAAAACUUCAAUCAAAAAUAUUACAAAACUCCUCAUCCACCAGUAGAUACACAAAAUAUGACUUCGAUAUGGACUAUUUAUGCUUAAAUUUCCAUAGAGUUGUUGAUUUCAGUUCUCCAAAAAAGUCUGGUAGAAAAUCAGGAGCACGAAUUUUUUCCGGAGACUCGCUAGCAGAUUCCGGAACUAUACGAGAUAGUCCACAUAUAGCAGCGAUGAGUGGAUCCUCCUCUGAUGAUACAAGACUGGGACAAAGAUUACGUGGUGAUUCCAUUGAAAAACAUUCUUAUCAAGUUAUUAGUAACGAUCUUGUCCUACUAGAAUCACUACUAAAAUUUCACGGAAUUACAACUCCAUUGUUUAGUCUUAAAGUUACUGGAGUUGGACUAAAAACUGGAGUUCAUAAUGGUAUAAUUAAGAGGUUGUGUGGUUUUUUAGGCUGUAUAGAGGUAGAGGAUCAAUCUAAUUCUGUGCCAUUGUAUUCAUCUACAAUUUUCCGUGGAGGUUAUACUACGCUCUUUUGGCGUUGGCUAAAGGUUAAGCGAGAGAUUAACAUUGCAAAAAAAUUCCAGGGUUCCCUAUUCUCAGCUAAAAACAAACAAAAUUCUGCGUCAAAGGAGUGUAAGAUGAAUCAUGUAGACGCAAAAACGGGAAAUGUACAACAAAACCCAAAUUGUAAAAUUAUCCAGUCUUACAAGUUCACAGAGGAUUAUCUUAAAGCUGUAAUGGACUACAAUUCUCCGAUAUCACAGUCAUAUACAUCAUCAUCUUUACAACUGGAAAAAUCGCCAUGCUUUGUAACAAUCUCUACAACUUGUACUCCUGAGAAAGAGCAAAACUGCCUGGUAUAUGUUUCUGGUAGCAUAUUAAACAUUGCAUGGGAAGCUAUCGAUGAGAUUUUACACUUUUUCAAGAGAAUUGUAGAAUAUACAAGCUAUAUGCCAAACUAUGCGACAGAGCCGGUAACAAGGCAAACAUUUUAUACUUGUGGAAUAAAGACCUUAAGCUUUACCAUGCAUCUGGCCAAGUCAAAGAUAAACAUUUUGUCAGAAUCUUCAUGGUUUGGAUAUCCUAAUCUUGUUAAAUACAUGUGGUACAAAGUACUUAGGGAUCACUCUGGAAUUGUGGAUCCACCUCAGGAUUCUAGAAGGUCCUCUAUAGUCGAUCCUAUUGACCAAACCAAGAAUAUCUUUACAAAAUUUGCAAUGGGAAACAUGGAUUUUCCAGUUGGAUCUGGACGUGCCAAGGUGAUAAGGGAAAGAAGCGGAAGUUUGAGGAGUAUAACGAUAAGUACUGACCCUGGUGUAAAUAUGGGCUCUAGUGUGCGUUGGUCCCUGGUUAGACUAAUUGUAAGUGAUCGUAAUAAAAGGGCAUACAUAUCCUUUCCAAUUUCUCUGAGUAUAUUUGGAGAAGGAUCGAUUUAUUUACACUAUACUCAUUCUGAUUUACCACAAUCUUUCCAGCUAGCGUCACAAUAUUCCAAAUUAAAAAGAGAUGAAGGUGACAGAAAAAUUCCAAUGGGUUGGUGGAGUAAAUAUAUGCCCUGUAUCAUACAAUUCAAGGCUGAAGGCAGAAACAUAUCAUCAUUACUCAGCAGACAGGGGUCGGGGGAAAUUUUGACACCCUGCGGAUAUCAUUUUCAUAGAAACAUUUUUGAUAUCUUCCCAGGGAAAGAAUAUAUUUCUACUGCCUUUUCAGAUGAAGAAAGGAGUAGGACAGAUAUGCACAGAACCCCUCAAAGUGGUAGACAGAAAAAUGAUGGAUAUAGAAACAGCAGAGUUGAUUUUAACAGGUACAUGCGUUUGCACAAUUUACAGGAUUCUAAACUUUGUGGUCUUUUGGAGAUUUCGAAGCAUACACUGUACGAUAUAUACGAUUCGAAGGUUUCCGAGAUUCUAAAACCGUUUAGAUGUACGUUUUCGACUGUUACAUACCUUUACGAUUCAAAUUCCCAAAUAUGGUACAGUUUGGUCCCACAAUCGGUUUCAGCUAGUAUAGAUAUUGAAGCUGUGGAUAUUGCUAUGAAUUGUGUAGAUCUUCUUUCUCUAAUUGAUACACUUACAAUUGCGUCAAAGUGUGUAGAAGGAUGGAAUAGUGAGGUUUUGCCUAUACAUGUUCCUCAGGAAAAUCUCUAUAAACAUGAUGAGUUAUACCUAACACUGGAUGAAGUGUUGCCGGUAAAAAGAGAUUUUAUGGAAUCUGAAGAAUUUCAUUCCUGCAGCAGUUACGAAUCUGAUGCAGAUUGGACAAGUAUAAUGUCCAAUGAAGAUACAAACACUCCGGUGGAAGUAAUUGGUCAAGAUUUUUCAGUGUUGGAAAAGAAGCCCAAAAAGAGGGAUGGUUUGGAGUUUUUCUUACUCAAGUUAUUGUCAAACUUUUCCCUAGGAUUAUCUCUUAACCUUGAACUUGUCAAUAUUGAAAUAUCAAGCAACAUUGAUGCGGAUAUUCGACAUAUAUUUGUUUUAUCCCUCGAGGACACAAGAGCAAAAUUCUGGGUAAAUAGUAUAAACAAUAUAACUGAUGAAUAUGCGUCGACGAAUGGUUCAGGUGAUGUAGAAGACACAUGGAUCGAUGAGAGUCUUGAUUUUUAUAUACUCGACCUCUGCCUCUCUGGAAUUGAUGGGUUACUUGUACCUUUUUCAAAUUUACCUUCCAAUUAUUUCGCUUAUAGAAAUUGCUCUAAGGAUGAUUUCUAUUCUGAUGAAGGGGCUUCAUCUGAAAAUCCAUCAAGGGACGUAGCGACAAAUAUGCUGCAAGCUCACGAUCAACCGUCCAGACAGGAGCAAUACUUUGUAGAUCAAGAAAAUCUAAUGCAGUUUGAGUGUCAAACACUCAUAACAUUUGAUAUAUCCAAGGAUUCCAGUAAGGAAAUGACGCUGGAAACUGUAAAGGUACUAUUCACAGGUCACAAAACAUCACCAUUUUCCAAGACAACUUCAAACAUAAACGUUUCUUGGAUAAAUAUAAACAUAACAUUAAAUGCAGCAGAGUGUUAUUUUGGAUUCUUGAGCUACUUGGUAGCAAUGAGUAGACUUCACAGCAUCAUACUCGAUGGUUCUAACGCGGACUAUGUAAACCUGCAGCCGGCAGCAUUGUGUAAUAUUCAUGAUGAUGUAAAAACUACAAUGGCUCCAUUCAAUCUUAUUUCUGAGAAAUUCAAACACAAUUUUACACAUUCUGAACAUUUUGGGAUUUUUACGGGUGAGGAUGUUUCCAAAUACUUCGAAUUUAGGUAUUUCAAUAAUCUGUUUGCUAAAAGAGGUUCUCUAGAUAUUCAUGAAGUACUGUUGGAUAUUAAUAAAACAUUGCUGGAAUGCAAGGCCAUAAAUAUGGGUAGCGUGGAUACUUUGGAUUUGUUUAAUAUAAAACCUAUGAUAACAGAAUCUUCUAUUGAACCGAAUUCCUACCUAUAUAAUAAUCUUGGUCAGCCUAUUUUGAUAUGCACGGGAGUAAAUGUAUCGGAUAAUCAACUUAAAUGGAAGACUGUACUGAAUGGAGAAUCUUGCAUUUUAUCCUCUGGACACUAUGGAGUAAUCUCACCAUUUAUAAUACGGUUACAAAUUGGCAGCUGCGUAUACGAUAUUCCUUCAUCCUCUUUGGAAAUUGCGCAAAAUGUUGAAACAAUGUUUAAACUGGAAAUCACAAGGGGAAGUUUUAAACGGAAGUUCAUGGCUAGAACGAAUGACUCCAAGGGACAUGGAUUCAAGGUACGCUCCAGGAAAAAGAAUACUACAGUAUCAUUUGUCGAUGAUACAAAACGUAGAAAAAAAGGUUCCAUUCAUGGUAAAAGUGAGGGGAACAAGUUCGCCUAUAUCAUGGUUCGCACCGUUGAACGUUUUGGUAUUCAAACUGUGGCAACUUCCAUACGAUCUGCUGUAAGCAUUCAUCUAUCAUCUGCAGUUUUUGUGUCUAACAAAUCCAGGGAGAAUGUAGUAGUAUUUCCGUCUCUAUAUCCUGAUGCAAAGAAACGUACAAUAUCAUACUCAUCUUUACUUUCCCUUAAUCUUCCUAUACCUCCUGUAUUUUUGCCAGUUUCAUCGAAAAAUUUGGUCACUCUGAGAGGAAGAGUAACAAAAGAGGGCGUUGGUAAUGUUCUUUUGAGGCAAAUUGCAAAUAUCGCAGAGUAUAAGGCUGUAAGGAAACUUGCUCCUGUGCAUGUGUUAGAUCCAUUUAAUAGGCAACACGAAAAUAAACUCCAAUACAUUGUUAUAAAUGGUAACUUUUUCCAUCCUAACAAAAUUCCUGUGCCGCUUUCCUGGACAAUUGAUAAUUCCUUGACUAUUUGUAUUUCUCUGGAGGAGGACUUCCCCUUUUAUGCUCAAAAUUUUGAUCUUCCCUCGGCCACCAGGGGUUCAUUUUUCACAAAACUUUCCUCUGCCAGAAUUGAUGGAUUACCUUCCAGGCAGAAUGAAGUGCUAAGGAAUUUUGGGGCCGAAUUAUAUAAGGACAUGGAUUUUCAUAGAGGAAAGGAAAUAUAUUUUAAUGGAGAUAUUCUUCUAUCUUCAGAAUCCGCACAACACCUUUACGACUCAAUUGAUAGUCAGAGACUAAAGACACCAAUUCCUGGAUACACUGCACAAGUUAACCUUGGAAGAUAUGUUUCUGAUGAACUUCGUAUAGAUUCCGGUGAAUUUGUAGAUGUGGAAGAAGAUUAUUUUGACGUCGGAAAAAGCGAAUAUAGCAGUGCGUACGCAAAAAGUCAAACUUCCAAAUUCUCUAAUUUUCCAUCCUCAAGGAAGCUUACAAAUUCAGCACAAGACUAUUCUGUAUCAGAUUCUCACAAGGAUGGGAUACACAGGGCCAUGUCCAGCGAAAGCUCAUUUUACACCAAGAGCAUAUUCUCAAAAUCAAGCCUAUUCCUCUCAAAAUAUUUAUCUGGUGGAAAAAAUAAAAAGGCUGAAACUGAGAGGGUUACCGCACGGGUUGCUAAACCCGAACACUUUGGUCAGCCUGCUGUAACUCUUUCAUCCACCUUAAUCGAGCUUUCUUCUACCCCUAAACAGAAUAUUUCUCUAAAUCCCCUAAAGUAUGUUAUCAGACAGUAUGAGAUUUUGUUGGAAAGUUGUCAAGUUAUUGAGAAUUUGAUGCCACACGAUGUUCAUUUUAUUACACCCGCAGUAUUUGACCUUUUCAAGGGGGGUGCUAGGAAGAUUGAUGAUGCUCACUCAGAUACAGAACAUGUUGUAAAUGCAAGUGAUGAUGAAAGAAACGAGACAAAUCAUUUUGGUAGGGAUGCAAGUGAGACUAUAAUAGAUUCUCAAGCUUUAAUGAUAAAGGCAGGAGGUAAUGCUCACUUGGCUAGAGGAGUUCACAAGGGAAGGUUCAUAUUAAACGAUCUAAUGAGCAGGGAGAUUGAAUUUAGAGUAAACAAGGAUACAUGUACAAAUCUAGUGUUUGAAGUCAUGCAACCAGGAUUUUUGAGUUCAGCGGCACACUAUAUUUGUGAAAACAAUAAGUACGUGGAUGGAGCAAGAAAAUUACCAAGGAGAAUUAUUGUAUCCCUUGAUAUCUCCAAAAAGUCAACUCAGCCUGUAAAGGACAAGAAUGGUUAUUAUAGACGUUACGUUGAAUCUUCACAAAUAUCCUGCACUAUCUUUGUUGAUAAAUGGGUUAUAAAUUGGCUAGACUAUCCGGUUGUUAUAUGUAGGAGUGAUGGACGUUUUCAACAGACUAUAGGGGCCAAGAAUUGUACGGUUGCAAGUCAAGAUUUGACUUCCACACAGCUGCAAUUGGCUGUUAGAAAGUCCAAUCUAAAGUUAAUUCCAAAUUUUGAUAACUAUCCAAAGAAUGAAAAGAGAUGGUUUUCCAGAUACACUACAAAUCAUGUAAUGUCUACAAAGUUUUUGGUACCAGAUCUUACAUUUGCAACAUGUUCAAUAAAGAAUGUCGAAAAGUAUCCAAAUUUGCAUUAUCUUGUUUCUACAUGCAUGGCACCACUCCCGUUUUACCGAACCAGCAUAAUUGAGAUUUUACCACAAAUGACUCUAAUUAAUGAAUUUGACACACCUUUAUGGAUUAGAGAAACAACGAGUGGGAAAUCGAAUAUGAUUAAGAUUAGGAAAGAACAAGUUUGGUAUAGAAUAGAUUCUGGAACAACAGUGGAGUUUCAUACGCAGACAAAGGGAGAGCCUCUUGUGAAAAUUACAGGAGCAGACCCUGGAGAUAAUUCAUAUGCGCAAACAGAAAAGAGUAACUGGUGGUCCUGUGCUAUAGCACUAAAGCCGUCAACACUUGUCCAGUUUAGGUUUCCUGUGUUCUCUGGUUACGGUGAUUGCAAAUUAGAGCUUGGAUCAGAAUCCAGACAUAUGUAUGGCAUCUGUGAGGUUGAAAUACAAAUGCAUAGAGGAGCAAAACUAGUGAGAUUUUCUCGUCCAACUACUCCAGAGUGGGUAAUUUUAAAUUCUACCGGAAUGGGACUCUGGGUUGAACAAUAUGGUACAUCUCACGGCGAGGUUAUUCCAUUUGGAAAAUUCCCACUUGAACAGACAAAAGGUGAAGAGGAUGGAUUUGGAGGAAUACUUUCAUCUUUACACCCAUUAAUUCAAGCAAGCGCUCAAGGGAGAUAUUCUUCUGCACCAGUAAAUAUUCCAUCAAGACAAUACUUUGCUACUAAUGGUGUCCCAUUCGCAUGGUAUGAUCCAUUUAAGGACCAAAAAUUGGUAUGUCGAUUUCAUACAGUGCAGAAGUUGGCAAUGUUUGAUUUUUUGCCAGCUGGUCGUCUUAAACGUUAUACUAACAUUAGACGAUCCCGUGGAACAAAGGAGAAUGACAAAGUGUCUGGUUUGUUUGCAUUGGGUAGACUCACAUCUUAUGGACAAAGAAAAAAGAAGAUGGAUGUAAAAGUAAAGGGUUACCUAUUAAUUGAUUUAAGUAAGGUUGAAUCUGUCAGUUAUAGCACAGUAUGCCAGAUUAGGUUUGGUAAAGUUAAAUUUAAUGUACGGGUACAAGCUCAAUCCUUGGUAAUGUUUGGACAAAAAACACUUUAUCUUACUGCCUCAAAAAUGAAUCAAAAAACGUUCAGCUUCAAGUACUUGAAGGCUACAAAUAUAUUGCAACUUUACAAGCAAUUGAGAAAGCCAGAUGUUCUUGAGAAUAAACAGGUACCAACGGCUGAGCCAUUGAGGAGAGCAAGGAGCCCAUUAAAUCCAGAGUACGUAUUGCAUGUCACCGUUUCUGGACUUGGAGUCUGUCUCUGCUCAUAUUUACCAGAUGAAUUGGUAUACCUAUCGUUUACAUCCAUCAAAUUUAGAACAAGUUUGGAAGAUAUGGAAAACAAAAAUAAACUUUCAAUUGGCUGGAUGCAAUCGGAUGUUCAUGAUUCAACAACAUGCUUCCCAACAAUGAUAAGACCAAUUAUAAAUUACUCAAUUUUCAAUACGCGUGCUGAAAAACCAAGAAGAAUAGGAAAAUGGCCCUUUUCAGACAUGCAUAAUGGGCGCAUGUAUACUAGUAGACAUGUGCAUUCUUCCAACUAUGCUCGUGUAUCUGCUGCUUCGGAAAUACAAACAAAUCAAUCAAUGUCUAAAGUACAUCCAAUCCUUGUGCUUGUCUUUAACACGCGUUCAAAUGUAAAUCUAAAAGAAGUUACUGAAUUUACUCUAGAUCUGGAACCAAUUAGUAUUAAUUUGGACACUAGGAUAGUAUCUACAAUUCUUUUAUUGCUAGAUGACUACAUCUCCAUCUUUGGGUUUAGUGACAGGACAUCAGAAUAUUUUGCAACGCCAAAAAUUGGGAUAUUCUCAAAUUCCGAGGGUAAACUUGACAACUUUGAUACUACAGAGUAUCCUCUUUCUGAGAUUGCCAACUGUAGAUAUUCAGAAGUUGGAAGUUCUGGAACAAAAUAUAACAUAUCUCAACUUAAAAUUGGAAAGUUGGUUGUUGUAAUAAAUAUUAGACGUUCCGGAACCCUAAUGAUUUCUGAUUUACCUCCACAGAGUCCAGUUAUACGCUAUCUUGUUUAUAUUGUAAGGAGAACUCCACAUAUUAGUGAUGCACACAUUACUCUGGCAAAAGAAUCUCUUUUGAAACUAUGUUGUACACCAUAUGUUCUCAUUUCACAUUUUGCAACAAGGUAUAUUAGCCAAGCUGUGCAACAAAUUUACAAGGUUCUUUGGGCUGUAGAUUUAAUUGGAAACCCUAAAAUGGUAGCAAACCACUGGUUUUCUGGACUCUAUAUAUCGCUUUGUGAUGUUAGAGAGGCUCUCAGAUAUGUACAUUUGCCUCCUGUGGCAUUUUUCUUAAUCCUCAAGGGUAUAUCUCACUUUGGAAUUGCCUUAUUUUCCGGAGUUGUUGAUGCAUUUUACAGGUUCACCGGUAGUUGGUAUCUUUUGUUAAAUACAAUGGCAUGCAACUCCGAUAGAUAUGCGGUACUUUUAAUGCAAGAGGUGUUUACAAGGACACAUGGACAGCCAAGUAACAUUGUUGAAGGCUUUCUGUUUGGAUGGAUUUCGGUGGGAAGAAAUAUUUACAUCAGCUGGGGAAAUUUUGCUCUGAAACCAAUACAUGCAGUAGGUAAAUUUGUUCGCUCUUUAAAGGAGGAACGUGGUACCAAGGAUGCUUUAUCGUCAGGAGUUCACAUUCUUGGUUCUCUUGUUUCUGCGGCAUCCAGCCUUGUAUUUGGCACGGCUUCUAGUAUAUUAUCUGGGAUGUCGCUAGCUUUACACGGUCUCCUAAAUCAGAUACAUGCAGUGCCUAUGUUGUCUGCGAUUCGACCAAAAAGAUCAAGUCAUUCAAUAAAGAUGCAGAGUCCAACAAGAUACAAUUUCCUAGAAUCGUGGUCAAUGGAAAGUUCUAAAAAGAUGGAGCAUGUGAAUGAGGUAUUGCUAAUUCUUCCACUGGAUAUCAAGAGGAAUUUGUUUGAUCCAACGUACAUUUCAACGUCACAUUGGUCAAUUUUGGAUGAUGAUAUAAGUCCGCUUAUUCUCUCACAGUCGUUUGAUAAGUUUAAAAAUAUGUUGUGGAUAGAUUGUUCAAGAAUGGGUUAUAUAGAGAAUGAGAAGAUACGCUGGAAGGUCAACAAUAGGGACGUUGUAGCUGUAGAAGUUUUAAGGAUUGCCUGUGAUGUUCCAAGCCAAAAUUAUCCUCAUUUGGAUGAUGACAAGGGAGAGCCAGCCAGUCAAAUGACAGUGAAGGUAACACCAAAGGUUGCCAAGAAAUACUUUUCCAAGGCCCAAUAUUACAUUAGAAUCAUUCACAUUGGAGCUGAAUCAAAUCCACUAAGUCUCAAGGAGCGCAAAAGGAUACCAAGGAGUGUACAAGCAAAACUCAUGGACAGAGACACAUUUGAUGUUGUAAAGAGCGAGGAUGAAAAUAGACGAGAUGGAAUGCAGAUGCGGGAGACUAGGGAGAUUGUAGUUGCAAAGAAUGAAGCGAUAGAAGUUAAGGAAAUCGUCUUGAUCAAGAAAUCCAAAUCAGAAAUUGUCAAGGAUAAAGUGGCAGAAAUAGUCAGAAUGCCAGGUCCAGAAACGGCAAUGCUCUACUUUACACUUUUAGUUUCCAUUUUAAGGGAAGCUGUAUUGUAA